AUGAAAUGGAGGUUUCUUCGGGAUCGGAGCUUGCAGAUGGAGAAUCCAAACAAGAAGAAUUCUUUUUCAUCGGUGACUAAGGGAUUAGAUGGCUCUCUAAACUCGUUUUUUGAUGGCAACGCUUCUGAUGAUGAUAAUUUGAUUGAAGGUGAGGAGGAAGAUAGCUCCUGCCCGAUAAUUAGGCUAACCAAGGAAGAAAAGAAAAGGCUGCGUAAACCUUGGAAAGAUGCUCUGAUUAUCAAGUUGUUUGAUAUGCGUUUAAGCUAUGAUGUUCUGAUUAUACGCUUAAGAGUAAAAUGGUGCUUGAAAGGGGACAUCUCUCUAACAGAUAUUGGAUGCGCAUACUAUAUUGUGCGAUUUAACAACCUGGAAGACUAUGAAUUUGUGCUUGCUCAAGGACCUUGGGUGAUAGGGUCAAAGAUUGGGAAGGUGAUUAGGAUUGAUAAGCACACUGAGUCUCAAAGCAGAGGUCAGUUUGUUAGAUUUAGCAUUGAGGUGGAUCUAACCAAACCUCUUUUAUCCAAGUUUCGAAUGAAUGGUAGGAUAUGGAAAAUUCAGUACGAAGGUCUUCGAAUGAUUUGCUUUAAAUGCGGCAAGCUUGGACAUAAGGAGGAACAAUGUGAUAUUCUUCAUAAGGAUGAAAACAGUAGCAAUGCUCAUGACAAUGUGCUGCACAACAAUGAUAUUUCAAGAGCCAAGGCUUCUAAACCUGAAGUUCAUGACCAAUUUGGUGCAUGGAUGAUUGUCCAAAGGGGUAGCAAGAAACCUAUCUACAAAGGAAGGCCUGAGCAGUCAGUUAAGGGUGCCCAAGUCCAAGGUAAAAGUGAGCCAGCAAAGCAGAACCUAAAAUUGGGACAUGUGCAGGCUAAACAGAAAUCUCCUAAUGUGGAAAAAGAAUUGAGAAAACAAAUGCCUAAACCUACGGGGUCCCGAUUUGAUAUCCUUCAAAAUGAGGCUGCAAGUAUGGAAGGCACUUCUGUACUCCCUGAGAAUCAACCUAAAGACAUGAGUGAGAAUGGGAAAUCUGAUAGGAAAAACUCUGGCAAGAGCAAUGUUGCUCUAGGAAACGCAGUUAAUUUAGGAGAUGAUAUCAUGAUUGAAGAUGUGGGAGUUCCACAAGGAAAUAUUUCCGAUUUGGGAGGUACUGGGAUUGAUUUAGGAGAACCUAUUGUUAGGCUAGGGAAUUUUCAAGCUAAGGAGAAAGGAGUAAAUUUUGGAAACAAAUUUUUUGAUCGAAAUUUGGGUAAGGAAUAUCUUAUUCCUAAAGAUUCUGUUUUAAUUCCGAAAGGAAAAGAUUGUGAUAAAUCUUUAUCAAGUAAGGAGAUUUCGGUUGAAAAAAGAUUACCUUUGGUAACAAAAAAUAAAAUAACAGAGAAUUAA